AAAAAAAUCAAAAAUAUUUUUGCAAUCAUGUCGAUUUUUUAUUGAAAAAAUGGAAAUAAAUUUUACUCUAGACUGAAUUUGGAAGAAUUUAUCAAAAAUACGUGACUGCUGAAACUAUAGUUUAGCACCACUUUUCCAGGAUGCAUAAAAAAUCUCAACUUCAAACCAGCAAUUAUUUCAAAAAUGAGGCCAAAAAAACCAACCUAAUUUAUCCGCUACUACUUAUAUCCCUUACUGCCCUAUUUAUCUCUUACGUCACUCUCAGAGAACUGGAAUGGGAAGAACAUGUUUCCAUAAAAAGAGGCCUCUCCUUGUUCGUCAGCGGUUUAUUAUUUUUCCCAUCACUAUUCUUGGCUUUGAACAAUAUACAAAUCCAUACACACCAAGGCAAGAAAUAUAUGAGAUUUUAUAAGUUAGGUCUUAGCGAUGUAUACGAUAUCAGUAAUAAAUCAGUGUCAGCCAUACAAGCCCUGUUUUGCUGUCUCACCGGAUUAACUUCCAUUCAGUAUUCUUGUCCGAGAGAUAUUCUGAAAACUUCCCAUUAUAUUUCCGAAGCCUAUGGGUGGUUUGGGGCAGCAUAUUUUUUUUACGAUGUAUGGUCUAUGUAUAAAGUGUGGAGUACAAAGGUGACACAAACUCCAAUGGAUGGAGUCAAAAACCAAAUCAUAUUAAAAACAGUAAAAGUGACGGCCUAUUUGAGUCAAAAUAUUAUGAUAGUGUUCCAUCAUGUUUUUAUAGGAUGUUUUGGAUUUCUAGUGAUAACUUACCUCAGGGGUGGAUUAGGAGACUGUUUCUUUGGCUUCAUCUAUUUAAUGGAAGCUAGUACUCCUUUUGUCUCGCUCAGAUGCAUUUUAUCGAAAAUGGGACUCAAACAGUCCAAAUUGUAUAUAGCUAAUGGCUUGGUUAUGUUAGCUACAUUCUUUAUAUUCCGUGUGGCUAUGUUCCCUUAUGUAAUUAAUUUAUUUGCCCAGGCUAUAGGAGUGGACUUUUUUACGGCUGUGACAAAACUACCUAGGAAUUGUCUAAUAAGCAUCAGCCUGUUGUUGUUCCCGCAAUUUUAUUGGUUCUUGCUUAUGGUUAAAGGCGCCAGUCAAGUAUUAUUUACCAACAAAUCUACAGAAAAAAAUGCCAACAAUAACAAUUUGAAAAAAAAGUCGCGAUAAAAAAUUGGCAAUGGUUAUCCAAAACUAUUUUCCCAGAGGAGUGAUUCAGGGAUUGAAGAUAACUAGAAAAGGAAGUAUGGUUUUUUGUUUUAUAGAAUUUAGUGGUGGCUGUGAUUUUUAUUUUUUUUUAUUUUCUUUUUCAUCGAAGCUAUGCUAGAUUUCUAAUUUAUUUAUUUAUUUAUUGAAUCUUAAUCUAGCAGCUUAAAAAAUAUACAAAUAAUCAGUGUGAAGCUGUUUUUUUUUGCCAAAAGCUAAUUUAUUGUGACAUCACGGUAAAAGAAAUUUAAAUUAAUUAGGGAUUGUAUGUACAGGGCAAUUCUUGCAUUUAUACAUAUUUUCAUUUAUUUCUUUAACUGAAUGAAAUACUCAGUCAGUCGUCACUUACUUUUUUGUUUUAAUUAUAGUUUUAUUUAUUGUAUCUGAAACGAGAACAAUCCCUAAAACAUAGCGUGUAUAUAUUUUCAGGAAUACUUUAUACCCCAUAUAUUUUUAUAAAUAUCUGUUAAUUAUUAUGAAACGUACACAUCUUUCUCUAAAGUUUUGAAAGUUAAUUUGAGGCUUUGUUGUCUUGAAAACUCCAGAAAAAUCCAGUAAAUAUUGAAAAUAUCUACAAAAAAAAAGGAAUUUGUUGUGUUUCAAGUGAAUGUUGUGAUUUGGAAAUUUCGCCUCUUAUCGCUGUUAUUGGUGUUCUAUAUGUGUAAUUUGGCUUUUUUGAUUGAAAAAGGACUAGGAAUCGAUUUUUUUCCUAGUGAUCCAUGUUUGAUAAUCUUAGGCUCAGUAAGACUAGCCUUUUUAGAAAAUCUUAAUUCAGACUGCAAUUUAUUACGGGAGUACUUCUCUCCUUAUUUUCAUGUUUGAAAGCUAUAUUUUUAGAAAAAUGUGUAAUCUUUGAUGCAUUUAUUUUGAAAGUUUUUGAGACUCGAUAAAAUGGUAAAAAUAGUAAUAUUGAAUAUUUUUGUAAAUGCAGCAUCUUUAUUUGGCAAAUAUAUUUAAAAUUAUAAUAUACUAUUAUAGAAACAUUGUCCCUGUAUGUGUACAAAAUAAAG